GUCAGGUGUUGAGUACGAACCGUGGUACCGAUUCACGAACCUGACUGUGAACCACACACAGUGACGAAAAUCAUACUGACGAUGCGCUUAGGCAUGCGUUUUGUAACAUAUCUAGGUUCUCUACCCAUGUCUUGACGUCCAUUGUUUGAGGCAGUAUUCGGAACCAUGGCACCACUUUCAGGUAACGACAAUGACAUGACAUUUCAAGUCGCUGCACAGAAUUUACCUCCAGAACUGCUCCUUAGCGUACUACAGCAAUGGCUCGGCCAACAACGCAUCGCAAUUGAAGGCUCCGCCCAUUCUUGCUACAUAUUAUCCUAUUCCAAUCCGGCGAACACCACUCCCUUCGCCACCAUCUCCAAGACCAGCGAUAGCCCAUCGUUCAUUCUCCAAGAAUACUUUCGGUCUCGGAUUCGCUCCUGGUUGCUCGACUCCAAGGAGUUCUCCGACCCGACAACAUUCUACAUGAGCCAUGUCUUGAUGAGUCUGAAGAUGGGGGACUGUAUAGGCAGGUACCGUCUGCCCAGCCAGCCAUGGGAUACCCUACUUCACGACCCGAUGCUCUCCUUAUCAACGAAGUUUCCAGUUAUAAAUGAUCGAGAUGUGCAAUACGCUCUCAUGAAGCAUCUUUCCUCGCUCCACGGACUGGAGAAAACUAAACUCGACUUCACGGCUGAACAAUAUUUCGCCAUAUUCGAUGUUGCCGUUCCACCUUUUCAUUACCGCGAUGACGCAGUUGCUAGCGAUAACUUGUAUCGCGAUGACUAUUGUCAUGGUGCCGGCCUUUGUCUUGCGCAUACAAAAGAACUCGAACUCUAUUUCGGUGACGCAUACAAACAGACGAAUCCCUGGUACGACGUACAAGAAUCGACUUGGUGCGAGGAAAACCCCGCUUGGAACUACGCUGAAGCAAGAUUACGGCCACAUAUUUGUGAAAGCGGCUUGGUUAUCGACUGGAUAUUAGGAUAUGCUUGGUAUGGCGGGUAUCUCCAACACAUCAAGACGAUUACCUUGACAGGGGAUAUCCAGCCAUGGGUGAAAAGCAAGUGGUAUGACAUCUUCGAGCAUCAUGCCACAUACAUUGAAACGCAUCCCGGAGAGUAUAUCCCCAUCUUCGCUGUGCAUACACCUGAUCCUAUUAAUUUGGAAACUGUCGGCAUGGAAGACGAAGACGAAGACGAUGAUGCGUGGAGACCACAGCAUCAUUACCCUCCUCCUUGUAAAUGCGAAGUAGGGUGCUGGCGACUACGGGGUGGAAGAGUUGAUGAAGAGCUGGAGGCCAAGUCUGGGGACGACUUUGAGACGUAUUCUGAUGAGGCGGGGGAUCGGAUGGAUGGUGUGCAACUGGGAUAA